CACGAAGAAGAUCCAAGCCGAGGUGCGAUGGGAUGGAAGAUGACGCUGCUCGGCGGCCUCGCUGCCUGCUGCGGCGCCCUCGUCAACGCCGACCAAGUCGCGUCCAGCGGCAGCUCGUACCUUGUCAGCCGUCCGACCAAACUCGGCGCCACGGCCACGUCCUGGCCGACAGAGUACGGGGCUGUGGGCGUCACGACCGCCAAUGUAGCAUCCGACGGGUCGCUUGCAUGGUCCGACACCGUCGGGUCCGGCGACACGGAGAUCGUGGGCGGCAAUGUCUACGUCGUCGGCUCGACUCGCGGCAACAUGACGUCCAACAACGCCAACGCAGGCAACUUUGACUGGUUCAUCCUCAAGUACUUGCCGUCCGGGGCGCGCAGCUGGACCAAACAGGUGGGCACACCGGCGCACGACGAAGCGCGGACUGUCGUCGUGACCACCGAGGCCGACGGCAACGACUACAUUUACGUCCUUGGUGUCACGUACGGCGCCAUGGAUGACACGCUGCAUGUCUCGAACGGGUACCGGCAGUUUGGUGGUCGCGACCUCUUUUUGUACAAGCUCACUACGGCGGGCGCCAAGCUGUGGAGCCGACAGUUUGGGACGUCGGGCGACGACUACGCUUACGGCGUGACCAUCGACGCUGGACAGCUUCUCGUAUCGGGUGGUGCCCCCGGAACACAGUUUCUCACUGCGUUCAACACGUCGGGCGCCAUGACCGACAUGGUGGCCGACGGUGGUGUGACGAUCCUUCCGAUCCAAAUGCGUUUGGCCGAAGGCGACAGCACUGUCGGCAAGUAUACUGUCGUGUUGAACCGACAGCCGACGGCGUCCGUCACCAUUUCGGUGACGCACCCCGCGUUGGUCGCCCCGAGUGGACAGCCGCUCCCCCAAGUGAGGCUUUCGACAAUGACGCUGGUCUUUAACGCGUCGAAUUGGAACCUCCCGCAAGCCGUGACGGUCACGGCCAUUGACGACGCGAUCUGUGAACAUACACACUACGCUGCGGUCUCCCACGCGGUGAGUAGCAGCGACAAGCACUUUGCACCGUCGACGCCAUUUGUGCUGGGGCGACAACUGCUCUUUACGAUUCGCGACAACGACGUCGCCAGCAUUGCGCUGUCACGACAGCACUUGUAUGCUGUCGAAGGCGGCGCGAGAGACACCUACAGUAUCGUGCUUACAUCGCAGCCGUGGCAAAACGUACUCGUGACAGCAAUGGCCCUGCGACCACUUCAGACUCAGCUGCACCCGACGACAGUCGAGUUUAACAGCAGCAACUGGAACACUCCGCAGUGGAUCUCGGUCACAGCAGUUGACGAUGCCGUCUCGGAGAAUGAAUUUGGCGGCGUCCAUGCCGGAGGUACAGUCACACACGUGGCGUCGAGCUUGGACGCCAACUACAACACCCGCCAACCAUCAUGCUACUAUGUGGCUACCUGCAACUGCAGCGGCGUGGUCACGCGCGGCAAUUGCUCGACGCAACCUACGUCGUGCCAAGCCGGAACUCCCGCUCUUGUUUGCGAUGUCAACGCAACGAUUACCGGCAACGGUGAGCUCGUCCCGUUGCUGAGUGGAGGCAAUGCCACGGCACCUCUGAAUGCAAUUCCGAUGCGCUACGGUGCUGCUGCGCUCAACCCCAACCCGCCGACAUCCUCGACAACCUUCAUCAACAGCGCACUCGAGACCAUCCAGGUGCCAAUGCGACUGGUGCAGCUGCUGCCAGCACCGUUGGAUGACGGGUGGGGUGGGGUGUGGACGACGCAAGCUGUUCAGCGUAUCAACAGCAGCGCCAUCAACCCCAACCCGCUCAGCUACAUCGUGUCGGGGCUCAACCUCUCGGCUGUACCGGCAGACGUUGCUGGCUACGUCUACAGUCUUGUGGCGGUGUCUGACGGUGCUGCUCUGGCCGCACUCGCGCAAAACCAGACGCAAUUGGUGUGGGCACUGUGCUUGGGCAUGCAACGCCUCACGACGCAGCGCUGGGCGUUUGACGCGUGGCCGCCAGGCACGGCCGACCGCGUCCUCGACGCCCUCUUUUUCAUUUUUCCAAAUUUGCAAGAACGUCUGUUGUGGAAUUGCGGCGGGGCCACCUUUACGCCUAGUGUUGGACUGGACGUGACGGUGUUUGACAAUGACCCAGCUGUGACAAUCUCCAAGAUGCAGCUUCAGGUUGCCGAAGGCGGCGCCACCGACAGCUACUCGGUUGUCCUCAAUGCGCCACCGUCCCAAGGGCAAAGUGCAACAGGAUCCCUUUGUGCGUCACCCACGAUGUUACCAGACGUCUGCGUCGCCAACUACUCGGCGUCGGGGUACCGGGCAGCCUUUGCUCUGUCACCCACGUCAACGGAUACGGUCACGAUCGUGGCGUCGAGCACCGACCAAGUGCAAAUAGCUCCUCCGUUUCUUGUGUUUACCAGCGCCAACUGGUUCGUACCUCAAACGUUUACGGUGACGGCCGUCGCCAACCACAAGGACGAUGGGCCGUUGAACUCGACAAUCACCCACGCGGUAUUUGCGUCUGGCGCUGGCGCGCAGUCGUUUACGUCGGCGGCGUUUUGGAUGGCGUCGUGUCUGCCAUCGUCGUCGUCUCCGUUCAUAGCUCCACCAUUGCCUUACAAUGCUCUGCCUGAGGUCUAUUUCGCACCGCAGCACAGUCAAGUGCAAGUUCUCGUUCUCAAUACCGAAAAGGCGGCAGUGUUAGCUUCGACGGCUGCACUGAGUAUCAAGGAGAUCGACGUGACCGUGGAUGCCGCUGCCGUUGGCGCAACGUCGACCGGCGUCUGCACCGACAGUCUCACGAUGAGCUCGCAGUCGGGUACCAUCACAAACGUACUCUUGCUUGCGACCAACCAGACGUCGCUUGUUCGUUUUCAGCUGCCAUUUCUGCACCACAGUGCGUUCAACAGCGUCUUGGGCUCGGCGACGCUCGAGCUAACGCAGACAAAGUACGCGGUUGUCAACACCACGUGGCUCAACGUGACCACGGCGACGCUCAACCCUACGUUCACGGUCCGCGUGCGCCUCGUUCAAUCCAACUGGACAGAGCCUUCGUUUGCGUCCUUGCCGCCACCGAUGCUCAUUCCACCGGUCGUUCUCAACAUCACGAUGAUCAAUUCGGUCUUGCGUCUGGACGUAACGCGGCUCGUGGCCGCCGUUGGUGCGUCCUUGCCGCUGCUGAGCUUUCAAGUUGACGUGCUUGCGGCCAGCGCAACCGUUCAAGUCCACGCGCGAAGCGACCCUGAAAACUUGGCGCCUUCCCUCGUCCUGCGUACCCACUUUCCGAACUUGCUGCUGAACCAACCUACGCUUCAGAGCCCGAGCAGUAGCAACAGCGGUGCGGCCGUCGAUGGUAACGUGACGUCUGUGAUGCCCGACGCCUUCUCUUGGUGGCAAGUCACUCUUCCGAGCGUGCUGCCGCUUGGCACGCUGGCGAUUUUCUUGCCGCUCACGACAACGUCUGGUGCACUCGCAGUCGUCGUGUCGACGGCGCCGUUGCCAGCCGAUUGGACGCUCGCCACGGGACCAUCCAACGGCGUUCUCGUGCACAACAUAACGAUCCGCCGCCCCGUGCUCGUGUGGCCGAUUCCGGGUGCCGGGCAGUACAUUCGACUCUACGCCCAGCCCGACUUGCAGAUCCUUCUGCGCGAAGUACAGCUAUAUCCACGCAGUGUCAACGUCACAACCACGGACGACGGGUACAGUGUCCGCGCCACCAAUUGGGUCUCGGAGGCCAAAGUCAACCCAAAUUACGACACACGCCAAGUGUGGACGCUCGCGUCGGGGGCCAAUGUCCGAAGCGACAACGUCGCACUUGGAAUCCCGAGUACUUUGAGCACAACCGCGACCACUCCCAUUACGACGCUGUCGACAACGUUUGAGACCAACCCGUACUGGGAAAUGGAUCUUGGCACUGUGCAGUCGAUUGGCGCCGUGUCGUUGCGCCUCGCCCGGUCGCUGGCUGAAGCUACGUUGUGCAAAAGUCCUACUAUGCCAACCGCGCCCAACACCAUCUCCAGCUUCACCUCGGCGCGGCUACGCCUUUCGAGUAGCCCCAUGACGGCCACUGUCAACGCAACCGCUGAGAAAAGCUGGACGAGUUCGCUUAGCGCUUGCUUUGACUUGACGCUGUCGUGGCCCAUGUUUGCCUCUGGACGGUACCUGCGCCUUGACAUGGUCGGCAGCGGCGCGCUUCACAUGACGACCGUCAAUGUCCAGCGGUGGGCGGCCCAAUUCUCGCAAUAUGCUCUGGUGGAGCUGCGCGGCUCGGGUGUAUUGCCGCUCGCGUUGCCUGGGUUGCGCUUCUUGGGUGACAACGAAUCCGAGUUGCCGAUCCAAGUGUUUGGUGCGAGCUCCAGCGCCAGCGGCGGUUGCUUCUUAGUUGGCGCGGCGCCAUCGGUGCGCGAGUGGGUCGUUGUCGACUUUGGUGCUGUGCGAACGCUGAAAAAUGUGGUACUCAGCUUGAGCGUCGCGAGCUGCACCGGCAGCGUUGAGGCACCGAGUGCGAUUUCAGUUUCCGUUUACGGCGACCCUGCAUUGACGUACACUCCACCUCUCAUCUCGAACGAUGCGUGCAGCUGCACAAGCGAUGCGUGGGGUCGAAGCUCGACCGUACUGCCUGCAAGUUGCAACGGUGUCUGCUCCGGCAUUCAGUGCACCACAGCAACGUGCAGCAAUGCCGAUGGCACGCUUGUACGCCAAGGCACGACGCUCUACUGGUCUGCGUUCCGGGACCUCGUCGUCCUCGCGCCCACGGCGAGUCUUCCGACAACGUUACUUCCGUUCACGAGCGGUGCGUACAGUCUUUUUCUCCUUCGCGACGAACCAUUAUGGCUGCUGCAACUGAGCGCAACGGCGCCGGAUGCCAACGUCUCGGCGACCAACGUGGUGUUUACGACAGCACCGACCUUUCCAACGACAUUUGCAGCGCUGACAUCGUCGUCGUCCCUUGUUGUUUCAAGUGUCUUUGGGCGGAGUACGUGGUUUGGCAUCUCGUAUUUCAACACUAGGGACGGUACGUUUACGCUCGAGUUUUGGGCUGCGUUCCCUUCGACGGUCCGAGCGGGGUCUCUGGCGGCGUACGCCAGCAGCGCCCGAGCAACGUUUACUGUCGGCUUAUUUGCAAACCAGACGCUGUACUUUUCCUUGUCCGACCAAGGAAUCACGUCGACGGUCGUGGGGCCCGUCGCGCUCUCGUCACCAGGAGUGACGCCAACCACGUGGCAUCACAUCGUUGCCGUCUACGACUGGAAGCAGCAAAUUCAGACGCUGUCGGUGAAUGCGUGGACACCGGCAUCGGGCGCGACGAGCAUGUUUCUGGGUCAAGUGACGCGGUCUGAUACGAUUGCCGUUGCAGCCAAUGGGCAGCUGACGUUCUCGGGCAGUCUUUGGCUCGCCAAUGUGGCGUUUUACCAGCGGGCGCUGAGCGCUUUUGAAAUCCUCGAGCAUUUUUACCAGCCGACGCCGACCAAAUCGUAUGCGAUGCUCAACUUUCGGCUAGCAACCAACCCGAUGACGAGCGUCGACGUCAAUUUGGUGUCCGAGUUGAGCUGCUACCGCUGGGGUCUUUGCUACGCCAGUGUUUUGCCGCCGACUCUCCGCUUUACGCCGACGAAUUGGAACGAAACGCAAUAUGUCUUUGUGCACGCCACGGACGAUCUCAUUGCCGAAGGGCUCCACCCCGACGUUGUGACCUACGAGAUUCUUGCAGCGGCGACGCGCGCCACGUCCAUGACGGUCUUAACACCAGCUUACGCGACGACCUGCGCGUCGUCCUUGGACACAUUCUUCCGAAACUACAUUCUUAACGCGACGGAACCCCAAGCACUACCGCUACCGUCUGCGGUCGCCGCCUCUUUUGGCAGUUUGCAGACAUCGUGGGCAGUCCAGAACGUCUCGACAACGAUUGUACCAGUACUUGGCUACAGCAAUGUCAGUGUGUCGCCGCUUCAGCUCACGAUCGCCGACAUCAACGUGGCACGAGUUGAGAUUUCAGCGUACUACUUGAUGUUGUAUGAAGCCGGUCUCGGAGACAUUUUCCAAGUUGUGCUCACGGCCGAGCCCAAGAACGACGUGUACGUGCAGCUCAACGCGUCGACGGACUGCUAUCGGUCGUGUGGCGUGGCCACCGCGGCGAACCCGUGCCCCGUGCCAUCAACGACGCUUGGCAACGAGAGUCGUCUGUGCAACUGCACCGUGUCGCCUCUACGAUUGCACUUUACGCCGUCAACGUGGAACUUGCCUCAAGCCGUGACGGUAACACCGACGGACGACCGCCUCGACGAAGCCGACGUGCACUACACAAAAAUCGUAGUGACGACCACCAGCGCCGAUCUGGACUACGAUCAAAUGUUCCUCGAGAGCAUCCGCGUCGCCGUCGUCGACAAUGACGUGUCCAACAUUGUCCUAUCGACGAAGUCGAUUGCGCUGAGUGAGGACGACACGUCCACCGCUGCCGAGUAUACGAUGGUGCUUGCGACCGAGCCGUGGAGCGAGGUCAACAUUACCAUCAGCAACGAAGCGACCGGCGGUUGCUACCGCACGUGCGGCUACCCCAUCGAUCCAGCGAGCUGCGGCCUGCCGCGACCCGUUGCGACCAACUCGAUCGAGAUCAAGUCGUCGUCAGUCCGCGAGAUCCAAUCCGUGACCGCCGCCAUGACGACGACCAACGGCAUACAAAUCGUGACGACAACGACGACGCACAUUGACCCCGUUGUCAUCGUGCGGCUCACGGGUGGCUUUGCGCUGCAGACGUACGAGCUCAGCAUCACGUUCCCACUUGGCACUACCGCGAGCAGUACGCUGCCGUAUGGCGCAACAUUCCAAGUGAGCACGACCACCAGCGUCACGCCACCCUUGGACGGGUUUGUCUCUGCCUCUGCGCUCCAAUCAGCAAUCAAUGGGCUGCAGCCAGGCUACGUUGUGACGAGAACGACGACGUCGGCGUCAUCGGGAGCGCCGAUGCUUGUUUGGCGCAUCGUCUAUGGUGCCGCGUCUCCAUCGGCGCCGAUCCUCGUGCUCAACUUUCCCACGUCCUUCCUUGGCACAGGCGUGCUUCGUGCGAUUGUGCCGACGGCAGUUGCCCCAACGGGCGUCGUGGGCUGGAGCUACGGGCCGACGCCGGGGCCCGUGACUGUCGCGUACGGCGCCAGUGCAGCUCAAAUGACAACGUACCUCGAAUCCAUUCCGGGUAUCAAUACUGUGACGGUUCAACGAGCAGUCGUGGACUUUGGCUUCGAGUACACAAUCACGUUCACGUCCGUACCAAUAUACUAUGCCACAGUGUCGGUCGACACGCGCCAGCUGGUGCUUUCGGCCUCGGCAACGUCCAGUGUCGUCGUCUCGAGCUCGGUCACUCGGUCGCCCAACCAAAUCGGUGGUUUUUUCGUAUUGUCGUAUCCAGUGAAUGCCACGUACACGGGUGUCUCGACACCACUGCGCUACAAUGCAAGCGCAAAUGAAGUGAUGGCGUCGUUGGCGGGCAUCCCGACGCUCGGGCCUGUUUCGGUGCAACAACGCCAACUGACACCCGAGCUUACGUUUACGUGGACGAUCGAGUUUACCGGCAACGUCGGCCCCGUCAAGAACCUCACAGCACAGUCCGUCAACUUGACAGGGCUUGCAUCAGCUGUCAUUCUCUCGUUCGUUCAGCAAGGGGAAAUGCUCGGAGGUGGCUUUGCCCUGAGGAUCGGGGGCGCCUUCAUCAAUCAAUACGCCACGGGUGAAGUGUACAACCUCAGCGUGCCGGCGCUGACGACGCCGUACCUUCCAUUCAACGCGUCGGCCGCGGCGGUCCAGUCGGCACUGCACGCGUUGCCAUUGUUACUGCCACUCGUCGGUGUCCAAGUAAACCGCAUCGAUGCUUUCUGCGACACAUUUGGACGCUGCCGCCAGUACAGUUGGCAGAUAACGUUCGCACAAACACCAGGCAACGUCCCCGAGAUGGCGGUGCUGAACAACAUCACUGGCACUGGCGCGUCCGUCGUCGCGUCGACGGUGGCCAAUGGCACGUACCUCAACGGGAUGUUUACGAUUUCGUUGGCGUUGAACGCGACGGGCACUGUCUAUACGGGCACCACGUGGCUCCUGCCAGUGAACGUGACGGCCGACGGCGUCAAGGAAGCGCUCGAGGCCUUUCCGUUUGUGACGUCCAACCGGCUUGAAGACAGCGCAUAUGACCCGACCAAUGCCCUUGCGGUGCCGCGGGCCACGAAAGGCGUCCGAGUCACUCGCACGGGGCCGUACCUCGACGGCGGCUACAAGUGGCUUCUUGACUGGUCGCUCAACGACUGGCUCGUCUUUACCAACGUCAAUGUCACCGUCAACACAACUCUCAUCAGUCAAGACCUCGUCCCCGUCACGGUGGCCACGCAAUAUACCUCGUCGGGGCCGCGUUGUGCGGUGUACCCCAAGACAGUCUUUCAAGUCGAUCCGACAGACGUGUUUGGGCUCCGUGGCACGUGUGUCUACCCGCUCCUUGUGAGUGUCAACCCGGAGCGAUACCUCUGCAACAUGACUGUGACGACGCCCCGCAAGAUAUUUGAUGCGUCCAACUGGUACAUUCCGCAAACCAUCGACGUUGUCUCCGUGCAUGACCGCCUUGAUGAAUCGUCGACAGCCACCAACGUGACCAUUUCGACACUGACGCACGAAGCUUAUACGCUCGACUUUAUCUACGCCGACGUCAACGUGCCCACCGUGGCGGUCAAUGUCACGGACGUAGACCGCGCGCGUGUCGUUGUGUCCAAGUCGCUCUUGGUGGCAGCGGAGAACGGAAGCAUUACGGACACGUAUACGCUGGUAUUGACGACAGAGCCGCGCGCGUCGGUGCUCAUUGUCGUCUACCCGUACAUUGUGUGGACUGACUGCUACCGCUUCGGGUUUUGCAACGUGACCUUGGACACGACAGAGGUUGAAUUUACAGUCCAAAACUGGUACAUCCCACAGACCGUCUCCAUGCGCGCGACGCCCGACCGCUUGGACGAAGCCGAUACGCAUUUUGGCGGCAUCUCACACGGCGUGUUCAGUGACGACGUCAAGUACAACGGAACGGCGGUGGCCAACAUCACGGUGCAAAUCUAUGACGCCGAUACGUCGGCCGUGAUUGUGACCAAGACAACGCUCGCCAUCUCAGAAGCUGGAGCCAGUGACGUCUACGGCGUUGUGCUAGCAACAGAGCCGUGGGCCAAAGUCACCAUCACAGCGCUUUCGAACGGCACCGACAACCUUGGGAACCAAGUGUUGGUCUCGGCGCCAUUGGUCUUUACGUGGCUCAACUGGAAUGUGACGCAAAUGAUCACGGUAUCUCCGAUCCACGACAACCGCGUCGACCCGGCGCCACACACAGCGCUGCUACGUCACACGAUCACGACCAACGAUCUCAUCUACCGCAACCGCACCGUGGCCAACGUCACAACAACGAUCACCGACAUUGAUGUGGCAGGCGUCGAGCUUUCGUCCACCGCGAUCUUUGGCGCCGAAGGCAGCACCACUCCGAUUGUGUAUGGCGUUCGUCUCACCUCCAAACCGUGGUUUCCCGUGCUUCUCACGUUUAAUGGCUCGCACAGCGGAUGCGCUUUUGGCAUCUGCAACAUCACCGUCGUCACGCCGUCCAUCGCAUUUGACGGCUCCACUUGGUCAUCGUGGCAAAACGUCUCUGUCGUUGUCACGGACGAUUUCUUUGACGAAGGCGGACUCCACUCGGCUAACAUCUCACAUACGCUCACGUCACUCGAUAGCGUGUAUGCAGCGGUUCGGCCGCCGCUGCUGACGGUGUGGAUCACGGACAAUGACGUUUCGGGGCUUGUGCUCUCGUCGACCAGGAACCUAACAGUGGCGCAAGGUAGCUUCAACGCGACAGUGUCACUCCAGCUUUCCAGUGCGCCAUGGAGCAACGUGACCGUGCUGCUACAGAUCCCAGCGGAAACCUUCUUGCCCCGGGGCUCGUUUACAGGUGCAACGGUCUCGGAGCCGCUCAUCUUUGCGAGCAAUUUCCGGAGCCAGACGAUCGCGGCGCUGUCGUUUUCUCUGGCCAACUGGAAUGUAUCCCAGAUCGUUGUGCUAACCGCGCUGCAGACGGGGUCGCCAAAGCCGCUCACCAUGUAUACAUCGCUUGUAAGUCUGGCGACGUCCCUGGAUCGUCGGUACAACGCGUCGGUGCCUGCCCCGUUGUAUAUUACAGUGCUCGGGAAGGAGGACGUUCCGCCGCCUGUGCCCCUCGCCGCGACCUUUGAUGCGACGGGCGUCAAAAUUUUCGUCACCUUUGACAGCAGCGUGUACCAGAACGCAACCAUGACUGUGGAUCUCAGUCAGCCGAUGACCAACAUUGCUGGACGCUACGUGCUACCAAGCCGACCGUUUGGGUGUGACCUCAUCUGGAACUUGACGGUCGACACGUCGUACAGUCUUGGUGCUGGCGCCAACUGUCUCUGGCUCAAUCUCACGACGCUGCAAAUGGUGCUGGGCGCGGGGGCGUCGAUCGCACCUGGCAACGUGCUCCAACUGAACGGGUGCGGCUCGCAAUACGUCUCGACAGCCGGCGUUUGCAGCUCGCCGUUUGUGCUCAAAUCCCGCGACUUUAACGUCUUGUUCACGACGGCAUCGAUUGCUGUCGCGCUCGGACCGGUCGUUGUGCCUCAAAUUGUGCUCGUUGGACCCAAAUCCAUUGGUCCCUGUGGCGUUCUCUCGCUCGACGCGACCGGAUCAUCUGGUGGCGCCAACCGACCGUUUACCGUCCAGUGGUUUGCAAUGUUGACCAGUGCACUCGACCCAGCGAUCAGCAGCGACAACGUCUCCGCCGUGCACCAGCAAACGCAGCAAAUAUACGCCAACAUUGCGUCGUACUGCACGACGAAUGCAACGCUUUUGACCAACCCGUUUGGAUCCGUCGCCGACCUCAACGCCAUGUGCCGCUUGCGCGCGCUGGCGCUAGCGUCAGCGUCGCUGACGUGGCAAGUCAACCGAUCGCUCUUGCUCUCGGGCCGCAACUACGUGGUCGGUGUUCGCUUGACCAACUUUUUUCAACAGGCAGGGCUCGCGUCGCAAGUCGUCGCGACGCUGAGCGACCCAGUUCCCGUGGUCUCGAUCGUCGGCCCCAGCGUCAUGAGCGUACAGCGGACACAAGCGAUUUCGAUUCAGGCAGCCAUUGCGCCAACGACGUCGGGGUGCAUGGCUGCCACAAGCGCCGUCAACUACGUAUGGACAGCGACCGCUGUCGACGCCAGUACAAACGCUACCGUGCCGGUCCGACUUGCCAACACAGCAGUCGACCCGCGCUACUUUGUGCUGUCGCCGAAUGCCUUGUCAACCAACUUGAACUACACGCUGCGCAUCACGGCGUUCUAUGCGUCAGCGCCGGCCGUCACAAGCGCCGACGUCGUCGUCAUCAGUGUCCUUGCGAGCCCGCUUGUCGCGCAGUUUGCCGGUGGGAGCCACGUCGUCGGUGCCCUCGACCCCAUUACGCUCAAUGCUUCAACGUCGUACGAUCCCGACCAAGCCGAUCGGGUGUUGCAGUAUGCGUGGAGCUGUCUCGAUGUCACGCCCGUGCUCAACACAACGACAAAUAUGACGUCAUCAAGCGGUGGUGUGUGCUGGAAUCCGAUGACGGAUGCAGCUAUCAGCUUUGUUGGCGUCAAUGGACCCGUCGUGACGCUGCCACCGGGCUCGUUCGCCGCGCCCAAGAUAUUGCGCUUCACCGUCGUAGUCACUUUGGCGUGCAGCGCGUCGGUGGCAUGUGGCAGCCGGUCCGCGACGGCAAGUACAGACAUUACGACCGUGUCGGGACGCAUUCCUGUCGUUCGCAUCAGCGCAUCGUCGACUCUAGUCAACCCAACCUCCAAGGUGGUGCUCACACCAAACAUCUCUUCGCUCUACCCGUACACCACCCUUUGGCGUCAAGAUGUGGGCGACUUGAACCUCGCCAGCGGCGGACUCCUUUUUCCGCUCAACGCGACGCAAAAUGCGAUCGCGCCAAGCGUGCUCACGCCUGGAAAGACCUACGUCUUUCGACUCACCGCGCUCGACUCGACAGGUAGCGCUGGCUUUGGCACGAUCUCGAUCACCGUCAACUCACCGCCAACGCCCGGUUCCAUGAGCAUCCUGCCGGCUCAAGGGAUGGCGAUUUCGGAUCUCUUUACGGUGACGUGCGGGGAUUGGACGGACGCCAACCUGCCGCUGACGUAUGCGUUCGACUUGGUCGUGAAUGGCUCGCGUGUACCGCUCGCAUCUGGCUUGACGCUGCCCAGUACUCAAGUCCGCCUCUAUCUCAGCGAUGGCACCGAGUCCAACGCUACGGUGACAGUUAUCGGUCGGGUCACCGACAGCCUUGGCGCCACGUCCACCAUUUCCGCGACGGCGCUCGUGCUGCAACCAAAAGCGACCAACACGACGUCGUUCUGGUCGACAAUCAGCAACGGCACGCUCAGCGACGCGAUGCAAGGCGGCAACUUUAACGAUGCACUCAACGUGCUCGUCUCCACGGCGGCCGUGCUCAAAACGCAGCAAGUGUCCGUGGGCGCCUGCAAUGCCACGUCCUGCGGUGCCCACGGGUACUCGGGUGCCGACUGUUCCAUUGCCGACGCAGCGCUCAACACGCUCGCAAUGCAGAUGCUCGGGUCUCUUCAGUCCGUCGGUACCUCAGUGCAGCCAACGGCCACGACUUUGACCCAAAGUGCGCUCGCACUCAGCAGCAUCGUGUCGCUGAAUUCUCAAGCGACGUCAGUGGACGCAUCCAAUGUCAAGCAAGCGGCGGCCGUACUGACGUCCAUCACCUCGUCCGCGAUUACGCUCAAGGACCCGUCCUCUUUCGUGUCGUCGUCUGGGCCUAGUGUGCUAUCGGCGACCGUGCUAUUGGCCCAAAACACCAACAACACGGACGUGCGCAAUGCAACCUACACGCAGCUGCUCGAAUCGCUUUUUACCGUUGUCGCCAUCAGCAGUGCCGGCUUAUUGCUUGGUCAGGCGCCGGUCGCUCUCACGUCGCCGUCGGCGGCCACCUACUCGGUCCUCGGCAACCUCUUGCCAUUGCCGCUCGGUGCGCGUACGACGACCGUUGCACUGACACCGGUGACAGCCAACUGCUUUCUCGACACGUACUUUCUCGACGUCGUGGCGUGGACGACGCCGGUGCAUGCGCGAUCCUUGCCUACAGCAACGCCUGCGUUGCUUCCGUCGGUCGAUAUUGGGGUACACACGCUCACGGCGUAUGCAGCGGCGCAGUUUCAAGGUACCUUGACCUCGGGUGUAGGAAAACCGCUGAGCAUGUCAACGCUGGACCAAACCGACGCGUGUGUGCUCUACCAGCAAAACCUUCUCAACACAGACAUAAAGCUGCCACUGGUCAACGUGUCGUUUGCCCACGAUGCGCUGACGACAGGUCCGCGCUUUGAGACGGCGUGCUUGUCCUGGAACGCCAGUAUCGAUGCGUACGAUGCGUCGCUAUGCACCAAAGUCCAGAGCUUGAGCUCUGCGACGACAACCACGUGCAGCUGCACACGCCUCGGUAGCCUUGAAGUCGUCGUUGUUAUGCAAGAAGUGCUCAACUUUGAGCCGCUCAACCCGACCGUGUACCGUGACGACCCGACGUCGUUCGUGCCAGGAGUCUCGUUGGCGCUGCUUUUGGCCAUGUACGCACUUGGCCUCCGGUGGGGCGUCAAGCGCGACGCCUCGGACAAGGAAGCACUCCGCCUCCAACGCCUUGGCAAACUCAGCAAAGCCACGUGGAACGACCUCUUGCGCGCCGAAAACGCCAAGAGCGUCGACGACAUUGCGCCGACGCACCGCGAGUUUGCACCAGUGACGGACGCGUCGACGACGACCCAUGCGUUUACUGCCACGUGGCACCCGACGACGGCGCCCGUAGCAUUGGACCCUGUCGUGUCGGAAGAAGCUGUCGUCGAUGCCGAGGCCGCGGCACUCGCGUCGAUCGCUGUCAUCACCGAAGGUACCUCCAUCCGUCUGCUGAUGCCAGCCCAGCAUGUGCUCAUCCGUCGCGCGCUGCAGGUGCUCAACCUCUUUCUCUUGCUUGUGGCGGCAGUCUUUCUUGCGAUCGGCGUUGAUUUCUACGCGUUUCUCGGCAAUACGACAGCCAAUCCGGUCGUUGCUGUCUUUGGACCGCCCGUGGGCCUCGGACUACUCGGCUUUGGCAUUGCGCUCGUCGUCGUCGCUGCUGCAGGCUUGCUCGCUGCCGUUCGCAACACGUCUGCGCGGGCACGGAUGCUGUACAUAGUUCUUUUGCUGCUCGUGUUGGUCGCCGAAACGGUGCUGCUUGCGAUUGCGUACAAGCAUUUGGAGGACAUCACCGACUUUCCUCGGUCGACGCUGUCGUUUCUGAAGACGCAGUGGGCCGCGCUGAGCGACGAGCUGCGCACGAGUUUGCAAAACGACCUCGGGUGCUGUGGGUUUACCGCCAUCGACGAUGCUCCGGCGCUGCCGUGCCCCGACGCGGCGCUUCUAUCGCCAACGACAGUUUGUUUUGAUGUCCUCACAGCGUCGGCAGUGACGCUCUUUGGCAACCUCUUUUCUGCGCUCGUCAUUGUGCUCGGUGUGCAGGUCGCGGCGCUCGGCCUCGCCAACGUGCUCGUGCGCUGGGAAGCCAUUCGUAUCGAGACCAUGGCCAACGGUACACUUCUAGUUGAAAGAUUGACAGAUGCUUCAUCAGUGGGUUUGCUAGGUGUCGCGUCGAAAGCUACGCUGCUCGACGUUGUCUUGCGCUGCUCUCUGCCCGUGUGCAGCCACUUAAGCGUCUGUGCCAUGGUGUUUGGUGUCGUCGCGGGCCUCGACAUGCUUCUCCAGUGGGACCUCUUUGCGUUAGCGUCAAUCACGAUCUUUGUGCGGCAAGAACUGGGCAUUCCCAUCACCGUCCUUGCCGCCCUCUACAUUGUUUUGCAUGUGUAUGGCGCCCCCGCGAUUGCGCAUCUCCACCGCCGCCGCAUGAAGCGCUACGUGGCGUGCCACGUUGUCUUGCUCGUCGUCGGCGUUGCACUCGUGAUUGUCUUGGCGACCGUCAGUGACAACCUCGGCGCGUACUCGAACUUGCAAUCGAUUCUACAAACACGCUACCUCGGUCUCCCGGCGCAAAGCAAGCUCGAGCUCGAGACCAACUUGGGCUGCUGCGGCUUCAACGCGACGAGCCAGGGCGCAUGCGUGACGCCGACGACAGCGCCGCUCUGCGCCGAGCCGCUCACCUUUGCGAUCCGCCAGUUUGCAACCGUCAUGCAGGCACGCCUAUCGAGCUACCUCGUCUCGCAGUUUUGCCUCGUCUUCUUGACGGGCCUCUUUCUCACAAUGCAAGCCGAUGCGCCUGUUAAUGUGGCCGCGUCGCCCAGCACUUCGAGCGCCAACGAGUUUACAGAUGCCGCCAACCUACUUCUCCAGCGCAUUUGCACGCAAUUUGUACUGUUUGCGAGUCUGGUCGUGGCGUUUUGCGGCGCGAUCCUCGUCGGCGUCGGCGUCGACGUCCUGCUUGAAACCAAUAUCGUUGCAAUCGCGGCCGUGCUCACGGCCUUUAGCUACUACAUUGGCACGUACGUCUGCCUUCUCGGGCUUCUUCUCUGCGCCGGGAGUGGUCUCGGACUCUACGCGGGGCUCUCGCAUGCCCGGCGCUGGCUCUGGCGGUUUGGUGCGCUUCUACUGAGUGCGUGCGUUGCAUGCCUCGCGCUCUUUGCGACGGCGUACCGCGUCCAAAACCCAGUGGCCGCCGGCAACGUCAAUGCUACCAUGUACCGGACGUGGCAGAGCUUUGUGCCCGCGACGCGCAAGCUCAUUCAGGACGCCUACAGCUGCUGCGGGUACACAAAGCUCGGUGCAUCGACGUUUUCGCUCCCAUACACCGUCUCCGAGUGGCACACGGACCCGGUGACGGGCGGAACGACGACAACGACGACGACGUCGUGCCCGGGCAGCGCCACCGACGGCUGCGGUCCGCACAUGCUUCAGACGCUCCAAAAUACCGCGCGCGCCGGUGUCUCGGGAACGGUGUUUUUGGCCACGGUGCUCUUUCUUUUGUUUGUCGCGACCACAGUCCUCUACUACCGCCAGGGCCGGAAGCGCGCGGUGACGUGGCGCGUUCUUGCGCUUCAGUUUGUCUUUUUGGUUGUGGCGACCGGUGUCGGUCUCGCGCUCCUCGGGCUGGCGCUUCUGGGCAUUGACGUGGCUGCUGGUACGACCGUGUUUUCGUCGAGCGUCGUGCAGGUGCUCUUCGGCGCCCGUAUUGGCGGCGCACUCGUUGCGUCCGUCACGAUCGGUCUGGCGUUGACGUCGUACGGAGUCUACGGCGCCAUCAACAAGACGCUGCACAUCUUUGUCGUGUACCUGGGUCUGACACUUGCGCUUGGCACGGUUGCGUGGAGCUGCACCGGCGUCGUCGCCACGUGGACGGUCAAUGCACAGUGGCAAAACACUUUGGAUGCCUACUUGGACACGAUUUGGUCCAGUCUGAGCCCCGAUGAUUGGCUCUUCCUUGGGUCGAGCCGCAACUGCUGCGGCUAUCACGAUCCCGUGCUUCUGCCAUCGGGAAAACUGCAAUUCGAUCGCGCCAUCUCGUCGGGGACGAACCUGGCGUGUCCGCCGCUCGCGAUAACUGGGUGUCGAACACCGUUACUUUUGGACGCCUCGUCGCUUCUCAACCAGCUCUACAAGCUGCUCGCGGCGUACGCGACGCUGCAGACGCUUCUCUGGCUCGUUGGCGCCGCACUCCUCCACGGCCUCGUACUCUUGCACCCGGGAACGUGGGUCGCGCUUCGAAAGAAGAUGCGGCUUUGGGUCGCCAAGUACAAGGACGAUGUGACGACGACACACCUCGUCGUCUCGCUCUACUACGCCUACGACGCAAAGUUCACGCGGGGUCAGCGCCUUACGUGCGUCCUCUGUGCCGUCGCUGCGGUCGCUGUCGUGGAUGCGGCUGUGUCGAGCCGCCUCGGAUGCACCCGCAACGGCCCCGUCCAAUGCGAGUCCUUUACGGGUGGCGAGCUCAUGGGCUACGGACUUCUCUACUCGGUCGUGAGUCUCUCGGUGCAGCUGUGCUUUGCAGCACUCUUUCGGCACGUCAAGCAUCGGCAGGACGACGACGACGGCGCCAAAGUCGCCGAGCGUCGACGCAAGGAAAAAGUGUACCUUCGCGAGGUCCUGCACCACAGCAUCCAGGCGAUUGCCGCCAAGCUCGGUCAGUUUGCAAUGGCGACGUCCGAAGAGCGUUUCUACAGGUACAAAGUGAACAUUCUCACGUUGCGCGAAACGAACGCGCUCGAUUGGUCUAGCUGGCUCGCGGGCCACGUGACGAGGAUGACCUUGGUGCUCAGUUGGCUUCGCGUGCUUUUGGCGGUUGCCAUUGGUGUGUACAUGGGCCUGAGUCAGCUCGGGCUAGGGUUUUUCAUCUACAAUGUUUCUGUCCCGGGCACCUUGGGCUUUGCGGCUGUGCCGGCGACGCUCGUGGCAACGACGUUGGUGGUCGCUUUGAGUGGGCUUUUGAAGCGGCGCAAGCGCUUCACGCGCCAUGCGUACGUCAUGUACCUCGUCGCGGCGGGUGCCAGUCUCCUCCUCAUUGGCUUUCUUGCGACCGUCAUUUUCAUGAUCGUGCAAGCCAUGGAAGAACCGACCGAGCCGCCCAAUUGGACCCAGCGCAACGCGAACUUUAGCGUUGUUGCCAGCAUCAAGAGUACCUGGCUCAACGACACCAUUGGGUACAACCGACGGAUUUGGCAGGCGCAGCUGCGCUGCUGUGGCCUUCCCGAGUUUCCGCUGCGACCGUGUCCCAUGGGCACGACCGAGCUCCAGAACGUCACGGCGCAGCGCGUCGACGGCUCGACAGUGGUCAAGACCGUCACGAUUGUGCACGACCUCGGCGGGUGCCUCAACCCUAUCCUCGCACAGAUCCAGGGCGUCGCGCAGACCAUCAUUGGUCUUUUGAUUGCCUUGGCGGUCUUGGAGCUCUUUUACGCCGCGUGCGCCUACUUUUUAGCCCGCGAUCUCGUCAUCUCGUGGGACUCGCAGCUGCGUCGGGCCUCCAUGCAGCCCAAGCUCGAGAGCAAUGCAGCUCCCCUCCUGCACGACGAAGCGCCUGCGUCCAAGACCGCGCCACCGCAGCGCGGUCGGAUGCUUUCCAACCUCGUGCAAACGAGCAUCAACAAUGUGAGCAAAUCCGUUGCGCAGCUCCUGUCCAAGACGAAUGCGUCGCCUGCAACGCGGCCAAAACCUUCGUCGGCGGCGCGCCUCGCACUGCUCAAACUCCAGCUGCGACUGCGGUACCCUGCGUGGAUUCCGCGCCUUAUUUUCGGUCUCGCGCUCCUCUUUGUCGGUGGUGCCUUUGCUGGCACGAUCUUAUUAUGCCUUGCUCUGGCCAAUGACGGUGCGUGGCUCUGGCUCGGCGCGGCGCUCAUCUCCCUCUUCCUGCACCUUGUUGUCGUCGAACCGAGCGUGCUCUUUGCGUAUGUUGUGUCGCAGACACUCUCGACGUGGUGGAAGUCGUCGUGGGUGGCGGUGCUCAUUGGCGUCGGCCGCGCCAUCUUGCACCUCGACGACGCAACGGGCUCGGACGCGCAGACGGCCGCGCUGCUGGACCCGUUCACGCGCAUUCGGCACAACGCGGCAGUCGUCAUCCAGCGUCGGUGGGUCGCCAAGCUCUGUCGUAUGCGGUACCUCAUCAUUCUGCGGGUGGCGCGUGAGAACGAGCACAAGUCCUUUACGCGCGAAGAGACCGAGGCGUUCGCAAUGCUCUUCCGCGAUGCCGACUACGCCAAGACAGGCCUCGUGUCCUACAAGGUGGUGUCGCACGCGGUACACGCCCUCGGUGUGCAAGUGCCUGCGGCUGUCGUCAAGGAAUACCUCGUGAGCUUGGACCCAGGGUUUGUGGAGCUCAUUGACAUCGACUACUUCUUGUUCGCCAUGUCGUGCAUUCGAGGGUAUCACCAGGCGCAGCAAGAAGCGCAUGCGACGGAAGACGUGAUUGUGAUUCCGCACGCGUCGUCGCCGGAAGCCAAAUUCCAAGUCAAGCGCCAAAACAUUUUGCGGGAGCUCAAGGAUAAACGCGAGUCGGUCUCCAAGCAUCUCAUGACAAAGGUCGGAAAACUCGCGGCGCAGCUGCACAAGCACGGCGAGUCCCCCAAAGAAGAUCAAGACCCGAAACCCUCUGGCGCGUACAUUUUGCUCAGCUCGAAAAAAGGCACUCGACCGACCAGCGCGUCGCCACGAGGACCAGCCCCGGCAACAGCAGCCGCGCCCGAGGCCGUUCAGGAGCGCAGUGCGGAAGCCGUCGUCGCACGACCCGACACGCGAGGCCAACUUUCGGUGCGCGCUACCAAAGACAUUGAAAAGGCGAUGAAGGCCCUAAAGAACAAGCAAGAUGGUAAAAAGCACCGCAAGUAG